AUGCCGCCGAAGAAGCGGGAGAAGGAUCUCGAUGGGCAGAAGGGACCUCGUAUGGAUCAGAUUCAGGCCGAUCACGAGCUGUUUUUGCAGGCCUUCGAAAAACCUACACAGAUUUAUCGAUUCCUGCGCACAAGAAACCAAAUUUCGCCGAUAUUUCUGUAUAGAAACUUAACGUAUAUGCGGCAACGUAUGUCCAGAAGUCACAAGUCACGGCGCGGAUUUAAAGUCGACACAAUUUUGGACAAAUUAAUAGCGAAGAAAAAGCACGAACAGAAUCUCGGCGUUCGCGGAUUCAUGACCCUUACGUUUUUAGGAUUUUACGAUAAAAGAGUUGAGGCAUCACAAGAUCCUGUCAAAGUGGAAACAUUGUUGUUAAAAAUCUGCCACAAGAAAAGAAAAGACGUUAGCUCGCCUAUCAUGCAAGUUUCAGUCGGUACGAGCGAGGUCCCAAUCAAUCCUUCCGAGAGUCAGCCUCCACCGAAGGCGCCCACGAUUUCCAUACCCAAUGAAUCUUUCAGCUUAAAUAAUGGUCACACAGCGAAGACUUAUAUGCUUUUGCUCAGGGUUUACUGCAUGUCUAACAAUGGCUGCCUUAUAACUAACUGUGAUUUAGAAGAACCAGCUCAAAAACGUCGGAAGUCGUCCACGGGGUCGAUAAAGGUCAAUGGUGAGGAAGUGAAACAAUAUGGUUCGGAGCUAACUGUGUAUGACAAGCACAAUCGAUGUCUAUUGACGGAUGGCGAGUACGAGCUAGGUUUGCAGGAAGUACAAACCAAUGUUAGGUCCAGUCCUAAGAAACACAGUUCUUGGGAAACUGUGGCCGACAUCAAAGACUGCGAACCAUUCGAUAUGUUUAGGCAAGGGCCGACGUUGAAAUUCCGACUCAGUUGGACGGUAGAACCGAGCAACGGUUUGGUGGAUAGACCGAUGCCGAUACCUCCAAUACCGAGCGGUGACAAUAAGGAAAAUCGAUCGGCCAACGCUGGUUUCGAGCGUUCCUCUUCCGUAAAUCAUAAUAAUAAUAGCACAAAUAAUAAUAAUAACGCAACACUGCCAACGCCUAGUCCGCUAACACCCUCGUCGAGAAUGAGUAUCUCCAAUGAAAAGGUGGACACUAACGCUAACGGAACUCAGCAGAUAGUGUAUCAAUUUUUGUACAACAAUAACAGCCGGCAGCAGACAGAGGCCUGCGAAGACCUACACUGCCCCUGGUGCUCGUUGGAUUGCGGCAAACUAUAUUCGCUUCUGAAGCAUUUGAAGUUGUGUCAUUCGCGAUUCACAUUCACAUACGUGCCAAUUCCACAAGGUGCCCGAAUUGACGUAGCAAUAAACGAAUGCUAUGAUGGACCAACCAGACGUACGAGCGUGACGAAUAUCCUGGUGUGCCGUCCGAAGAGAACGAAACCAAGUCUGUCCGAGUUCUUGGAGCUUGACGAGAAUGAGUUUGAAAGUCAGAGGCCUUAUAUCACCGGCCACAAUAGACUGUAUCAUCAUACCGUGACCUGCCUGCCUAUAUAUCCCAAAGAAAUGGACAUUGAUUCCGAGGGUGAAAACGAUCCAAAAUGGCUGCAAACGAAGACGAUGAUGAUGAUCGAUGAUUUCACAGAUGUGAACGAAGGCGAAAAAGAGCUGAUGAAGAUGUGGAACUUGCACGUAAUGAAGCAUGGAUAUGUAGGAGACUGCCAGAUACCACUAGCUUGCCAAAUGUUCUUAGAGAAUAAGGGGAAGGAAUUGCUCAUGAAGAACCUUUAUCGCAAUUUCGUAUUGCACAUGUGCAGUCUGUUUGAUUUUGGGCUGAUCAGUCCGGUGAUAUUAUAUCAGACUAUACAAAAGCUGCAAGAAAUCAUGAAGGAAGGCGGCGAGGACGGGGACGUGCGUAAAGUGUUGCAGAAAUCGCACGAAUCUCAGGUGGAACAUUGGAAGGCUACAGGUGCGCAUAUACAAUCGAUGCAUGAUAUCUCCAAAGCCAGUAUGGCUGGCGGCAUUAAGAUCAAUUUCGGCAACGAUGGCUCCUCGGGUUCGUCAACUAACGCCAGGCGAAAGACAACCACUUCUAUGCCGUUAGGCUCACCCAACUCGCAGAACGUCAAGAGCACGAUGCACAAUAACGUGCACAAUGUUAACACAUAAACAUGGGAGCUAACGUAAAUGACGUAUACCGUUGUCAUUGUCGAGGAGCAAGACUGUCACUCACAAUAGUUCGAUGCAGAAUUCCGUUGUUGGUGCAUAUCUCGCCUUUCCAUCGUUCGUCAGCGAAUUUCGGUGCGAUCUUCUCCGACGCGGUGCAUUGCAAGCAAGAUUGUACUCAACGGUGUACCCAAUUGGAGGGUAUAAGCACGUUGUCGAAUAUACCUUGUUGAACGAUCUAUCGGCAAAAGUACAAACUCUGUAGUGCAAGUGACGGAAAGCAACAAUGCGAUGCGAUUCUGCCGCGCCGCAUAUCGAUACAAGCCGGCGAGUAUCACCAGCGAAAAAUUGAUCCUGGAUGCGCGAUACCGGUGACGAACAACGAUAGCGUCGCUGCAGCCGCUAGCCAGAAGCCGUCCCCGAACGGAGGUAGCUUCCAGUAGCUACUCAUCAGUAGUACAGUAAGAUCGAUUUCGCGCGUUUCUAAUGCAAAUUGCAUUUUCUUUUUUUGUACAGUAUUUGUUGCAAGUAAUAUAGAUGAUUAUGCAAUUGACAUUAUUAAAUAAAUAAUUAUUGUUUUAGCUGUUAGUGCGAUUUUUGAGAUUUAAUUUAAAGCUUAUGCAAUUGAUUAUUGAAAACGAAUCGAGAAAAGAGAUAAUAGGGGAAGAAAGAAGGGAAGAAAGUCCGGCGAAUGAUUUUUUUAUCCUACUUGUCUCUGUGUCGAUGAUUCCGAUCGCGAACAAUAAAGUACAAUGCUUCUUGCAACACGAUUUUUAUCAUACUUAUUUCUCUUUUUCUAGUCAGUGGCGGUUUUUUUUUAUUAUUUCACUUUUUUUAAAGUUUUUAUUUGCGUAGCAUUUUUGAUAAAUUCUGCAAUAUAUCUAUAUCUAUACGACAGAUUUAUAAAACUCAUAGCGAGUCAAAAGCAGCUUAUUCCAGAAAUAAUGAAAAAUGAUUUUAUCAAGCGCAUAUCGUUAUGUUAUUAUCGUAAUUUCAUAUUAUAACAGAAAGACGAAAAACAAACGAUCUCAGGAUUUUUAAGAAUUAAUUUCUAGAAAUGAUUUUGGCUAUAUUCGAUUUUGGCUAUAUAGCAUAAGAAAGAAUUUCUAGUUCUACAUUCUGCUUGCAAGGCAAGACCGCGAUUAUACGAAACGUCUUUCUACAAUCGAGAUAAAUUCUCUUAUCUUUUAUAUAACAAAACGCAUACUUUAUAAGCAGAUUAAUUGUAGCCAAAUUUUACAGAUUUUUUAUCAUUUUAAAUUUGAUUGUUUCCGGAUUGAAUAUGCUAAGUGAUGAAAAAAUGCUACGGUAUAACCGUUUAGAAUUUCUGAGAUUUCAAACGCGCGUAUAUAUAUUAUACACAGACAUACGCAUAUAUACAAAAAUAUAAGAAAAAAACCUGUGAGGCUGUAAAUUAUACUUUACAUUUUCUACAUCGAGACGGAUCGGUAGAGUGAAAGUGCCUUUUACCAAACCAAGCGUAGGCCUGAAUUCGCAAAAUGACGAUCAACAAUAUUUAGGAAAUAUUGAAUAUUAUUAUUCGUUAUUCCUAAAAAAAAAUCACGAAAUUAUUAUACUCGAUUUAAAUUAACGAGAUUAAUCAUUCGUAUAUUCGAUUUAUUCUUUAGUGAUCGUCAUUGCAAGUGUGAUUCAGACCUCUAGUAUAUCAUAUUAGAAAUGUUAUAAAUUUGCGUGUAACAUAUACAACUUUUACUGCCGUAGUCGUUCGAAGAAGCGUUUACAUUCCUUUAUAUAUACUGUCUUCUUUAUAUUAUAGGUAGUCUAUGAAAUUUUUUAAUCUUAGGAUAUGCCGUCGAGGCAUUUAAGUUCAACGGAAUUAUCGUUCUCUUCGAGCGACUUCCAAUUCACUGUCCAAUAAUAUUAUCUAUGAUAGGUUGUAAAUAGGAGAUUAAAUGAUGAAAUAAAUAUGUGGACGUGAGAAAUAUA